AUCCCAAUCCGAAGUCCCUAUAAAUAUGAGUAUGAAAACUGCUUCCUCCUUAGACGAGGAGCUUUUACCAUUGCUUCCUCCUCGUCGUUUCAGUCCCUCAACAGGCUUAAAUCACUCGUUCUUCGUUUUUUUCAAGCUUGGAAUCCAAGGAUGGUUGCUUCGAGAUUGGCCCAAUGGUUGACUUUUCUAGUUUGUGGACUGAUAAUCCUGAAAACAGAAGGUUAUUAUGUGGAUAUCACCUAUGUUGAAAGUGCUGUAGCAAAAGGAGCUGUUUGCUUGGAUGGUAGCGCACCUGCUUACCAUCUCAGUCCGGGGUUUGGUGCUGGGGUAAACAAUUGGUUGGUGCAUAUUGAGGGAGGUGGCUGGUGCAACAAUGUCACAACUUGUCUUUCCCGUAAAAGUACCCAUUCAGGUUCAUCUAAGCUAAUGGAUAAGCAAGUUGCCUUUUCGGGAUUACUGAACAACAAGAAGCAGUUUAACCCAGACUUCUACGAUUGGAAUAAAGUCAAGGUUAGAUAUUGUGAUGGGGCAUCAUUUACUGGCGAUGUGGAAGCUGUAAAUCCUGCAACUAACCUUCACUAUAGAGGAGCCAGGGUUUUUCAUGCCGUCUUGGAGGAUUUAAUGGCUAAAGGAAUGGAAAAUGCUGAAAAGGCUCUUCUGUCAGGCUGUUCAGCUGGGGGAUUGACUUCAAUUUUGCAUUGUGAUGAAUUCCGAGGUCUCUUUCCCAUGAGCACCAAUGUAAAAUGCUUAGCAGAUGCUGGAUAUUUCAUCAAUGCGAAGGAUAUUCUUGGAGGAAAUCACAUUGAACAGUUUUACAGCGAAGUGGUCACUACACAUGGAUCAGUGAAGAACUUGCCGGCGCACUGCACUUUGAAAAUGAAACCAGAAUUAUGUUUCUUCCCACAACAUGUGGUGCCGGAAAUUAUAACACCACUUUUUGUUUUAAAUUCAGCCUAUGAUUCAUGGCAGAUAAGGAACAUUUUGGCCCCUGGUGUUGCUGAUCCCCAUGGAACUUGGUCCAGCUGCAAGCUCAAUAUAGCCAACUGUUCUGCAGCUCAACUAGAAACGGUGCAAGAUUUUAGGAAGGAAUUCGUAAGUGCAUUGACUGAACUUGGCGACUCUUUAACUGAGGGAAUGUUUAUAGACUCUUGCUAUGUCCACUGCCAAACUGAAACGCAGGAGACAUGGUUAAGUUAUGACUCUCCAAUGCUGGGAAAGACGCCUAUUGCAAAGGCUGUGGGAGACUGGUUUUACAAUCGGAGUCCUUUCCAAAUGGUCGAUUGCCCUUACCCUUGCAACCCGACUUGCCACAACAGUGUUUGAUUCUAAAUCGGUUCAUCAACUAGAGAUGGAUUUAUUGAUCUGUGUUAAGGCACCAAAAGGAGAAACUUAUGAUUCCAGAAAUGAAUAUUGAAAAUGUGAGCUAGAAUAAGAAAUAAAUAUUAUAUAAUUGGUUAGUGUAUGAAAUAAACAAGGACAACCAAUACACUGAAUUCGUGUGCUGGGUGUCUUCUCCAUUUUUAUGUAAUUUUAAUAUGGUUAUCUCAAUGGAAUCCAUUGUUUCAUCUACAA